AUGGGACCUAAAAAGAAGAUUAAAGAUCUUUCGCAUUUGUACUCUCUUGUUCAGCUCGAGAAGGAGCCGGCCCCGCUUACAGAGGAAGACGUGAAAAAUCUGUUGAUCCCUUCAAGCUACAAGUUGCACGCGUACACUAUAAGCCUCUGGGCAGAAUUCUCUGCAGACUGCUAUAAUUACGAAACCUAUAACCCUAUGUUCGGAAAAGCACCCACUGUGUACCGUAUUCAGAUGUACCUGCUUUGGCUUGCUAAAACAAGAACCGGUCUGCUAGAGGAGAAAAUCACAGACACCACCGUCCGAAACCGCCUGUCGUCACUCAAACGAGCUAUUAAGUUAUUUACUAGGCGCCAGUAUAGCUCCGCGGAAAACAAGGAUAUCGAGAACUACAUUGAGAAAGAACUUGUCUAUAAGGGGAAGAUUUCAACAGAUGCUUAUAAGAAGCCAGUCGCCCCUUUGCUCGUUGCUGAAGAUUUGAUUCAGUUUCUAUGGAUGUGCGACGAAUAUCAGUUUACGCACCUACGUGCACGUCUACAGCUAGCUUUCGCUAUUAUCCUUAUGACGUUCACGGGCAGUCGUCUAGGGGAAUUUAUUGAAUCAGAGGCCUAG